UUGCGAUUUGUGCUGGCGGUGCACGAUUGCGUCUUAUCGGCGCGACGUUGCCUUUCGAAGGUCCCCUGGAGUUGGUGGGGGCGAUUAGGGGUGCUCCUGCGGGGCGUCUGGCCGUGUGCGAGCUGCGGUGUUCGAGGGUCUCCCAGCCCUGGGCUGUGUCCCCCCCCCCGGUCGCCCGUCUCCUAGGGCUCCCCGAUCGCCGGCCCGCUCCCGGAAGCUACGAAAACGAGUAACAAAGAACCUGCAAGGCCGCCGGCUGCCGGAGCUGCGGGGCCCCGGGGUCGGGCGGAGUGGCGGGACCGAGCACCUCCGCGGCGGUGAGCGGCGCGUGGCGCGGCGGCCUUCCCUCGGAGCGCCCCGCCCUCGGCGCCUUCUGGAGCGCCGGUCUCUGCAGACGCCCCAGCCCGUUCUGCUUUGAGCUGCUCAAGCUUUGUGCGAAGAACCUACUGAAGUCUGGUUUUAAAUAAAAACUUUUUCUCAGUUUCCGUUUGGGGGUUUUUGCUUUGUUUCGGUGCAGUUUGCAAUACUCCUCUACCUCCUCGCCUCCUUUUUCCUCCCUGUGUAUUUUCCGCGGGGCGGACCUGGGAUGAGCGUUUCGUAAUUGCAAGCAGAACUGUGAGAAGGCCACGUCGGAAUAGUACUCGAGAUGGACAAAAAGUCCUUUGAAACGGUGCUGGAUGAAAUUCGAAAGGCUGUUUUGACAGAAUAUAAGUUAAAAGCAAUUGAAUAUGUUCAUGGGUACUUCUCCAGUGAACAGGUGGUUGAUCUCCUCAGGUACUUCUCCUGGGCAGAACCGCAGCUGAAGGCCAUGAAAGCUCUCCAGCAUAAAAUGGUGGCCGUCCACCCAGCGGAAGUGGUCAGCAUCCUCAGCUGCUUCACCUUUAGUAAAGACAAGCUGGCUGCCCUGGAGCUCUUGGCCUCAAACAUCGUGGAUGCACAGAACUCGCGCCCCAUUGAAGACUUGUUCAGGAUCAACAUGUCCGAGAAGAAACGGUGCAAGAGAGUCCUGGAGCAGGCUUUCAAAGCGGGCUGCAAAGCCCCUCAUGCCAUGAUAUCUUCAUGUGGAACUAUCCCAGGAAACCCCUAUCCCAAAGGAAAACCCAGCCGCAUAAAUGGCAUUUUUCCCGGAACUCCUCUGAAAAAGGACGGUGAAGAAAGUACCAAUGAAGGCAAAGGAAUAGCAGCACGGAUUCUUGGACCAUCCAAACCACCUCCCUCAACAUAUAAUCCACACAAACCUGUCCCCUACCCGAUACCUCCUUGCCGGCCACAUGCAACUAUCGCACCAAGUGCUUACAACAAUGCGGGCCUGGUGCCGUUAGCCAAUGUGAUAGCUCCAGGGGUCCCCCCUCCACCUCCGUACACUCCAAAUCCAGCAGGAACAGACAAUGAAGACCUCGCCAGUCAGUCAAAACCUGCACAGAGUCAAACAUUCUCCACCCCAGCUAGUCAGCUCUUCUCUCCUCACGGUUCUAAUCCGUCGACUCCUGCUGUGACUCCUGUCCCUGCUGCGUCCCCAGUCAAGGCAGUAAACCAUCCCUCCGUGUCAGCAGCUGCCACUGGGGCCGGAAUGAGUGCUCCCAACGCUGCCCUGUCAGUGUUCCCAGCACCCCAGCCAGCCACGCCAAACCCGACUGUGAUCCGGACUCCCUCGGUGCCCCCGGCACCCGUUACUUCGGCCCACAGCACCACACCUGCUCCUGUCCCUUCCAUCUUUUCUGGCCUAGUGCCCCUGCCAGGUCCCUCUGGCACCCCUUCCCCAUCUCCUCAGGCCAGCUCAACACCAAGGGUCACACUGGCUUCCAGUGAGACCUUUGCUUCCACUUGUGCCCCAUUCACCAGCCACUCCUUGGCCAGCUCUACUGCUGGCUCGGCUAGUAACCCGAGCACAGCUUCCCUGUCGUCCGUCUUCACAGGCCUGCCUUUGCCCUUCCCACCGGCAUGCCACACCAGCAUAGCCACCCCAACUCCCUCGCUGAUUGCCAGCGCUUCAAAUCCGCACGCUGUAAAAAGCCCUCUCCUGUCUGCCUUAAAAGGCUUCCUCACAUCAAAUGACACACACUUAAUCAAUUCCUCUGCCUUGUCCUCUGUGGGCACAAGUGGCCUGGCUUCAUUAUCCCCUUUUCCCAAUCAAAACUCGGAUUCUCCUGCCUCAGCCACUAACAAGUGCUAUGCCCCGGCAGCUGUUGCCGCCACGCAGAGGUCUUCUACCCCAGGAAUGGCUAUGUUCCCAGGCUUGCAGUCCCCUGCGGCCGGCGCCACCUCUGCAGCCCCAGUGUUGCCCGCGCAGUCGCCCUUAGCUACCCCCUCCUCCACUGCAGUGCCAGUCAGCUGUGGCUCCUCAGGCUCGCUUUUGCAUGGUCCCCAUGCAGGCGGCAUCGCAUCCACCCCUGCCGCAGUCACUGUGCCCGUUAUGAUCAAAAGUGAGCCCACGAGUCCCCCUCCUUCGGCCUUUAAAGGCCCUGCUCACCCCGGGACUCCUGCUCGCGGUACCUUGGGCCUGUCAGGCGCUCUGGGCCGCGGAUACCCCACGACCUCAGUGCCCAUUAGUGUGUCCACUUGCCUUAACCCUGCACUGUCCGGGCUCCCCAGCCUGAGCAACCCCCUGGCUGGUUCUAUGUCCCUGCCGCCACACGCAUCCUCCACGCCCAUUGCUCCCGUGUUCACGGCCCUGCCCCCUUUCACUUCGUUGACCAACAGUUUCCCUCUAGCGGGCAGUCCGUCUUUCAAUUCCACUGUGUCCCUCACGGGGCCGUCAACCACCAUCUCUACAGCUGCACACCCCAGCUCUGCGACCGUGCGCCCGAUGCUGCCCACCUCCAACGCCUCGCCUGCAGCCUUCCCACUCAACCUGUCCACUGCGGUGCCCUCACUCUUCGCGGUCACCCAGGGCCCUCUUCCCGCAUCCAACCCGUCCUACCCCGGCUUCCCUGUCACCAGUGCCCCAAGUGGUGCCCCCGCAAUGCCCUCGUUCCCGGGGCUGCAGGCACCCUCCACAGUAGCAGUCACCCCACUGCCGGUGGCUGCCUCGGCCCCAUCACCUGCGCCUGUCCUCCCUGGAUUUGCCUCGGCCUUCAGUUCCAACUUCAACUCCGCCCUGGUGGCACAAGCAGGUUUGUCAUCUGGACUCCAAACUGCUGGUAGCUCUGUUUUUCCAGGCCUUCUGUCCCUCCCAGGUAUCCCUGGGUUUUCCCAGACUCCUUCACAGUCAUCCCUGCAAGACUUGCAGCACAGCGCAGCUGCUCAGUCGGCUUUGUUACAGCAGGUCCAUUCUGCCUCUGCUCUGGAGAGCUACCCCGCCCAGCCCGACGGGUUCCCUAGCUAUCCCUCCACACCUGGAACACCAUUUUCUUUGCAACCAGGUCUAUCCCAAAGUGGAUGGCAAUGAAUUUGAAACACGGUUAUUCUUAGGAGCACCAUGAAAUUUGCCCAAGAACUGCAAUGAACAAUCUGACAGAUAUGAAAUUGUCCAAUAGUGCGAAAGGGUGUUCUCUUAGGGACACUGGGACAGGGGUUAGGCGUUCAGGUUCCAUUCUUAAAGUGACUGUAAGUACCAGUACCCCCAGUCCUAUACAUGUAAAUAUGCUGACAAUGAAUUGUAUGGAGAAUAGUGGUUUAAAUUAUGUGGGAAUUUUCACCUCCCAUCCUACAGGGGUUUGAAUUACAUAUGUGACCUAUUUGACUUGCGUAUGUGAUCUAGACUAUUAAAGAGGAGACGGGACUCUUCAUAGCCGAAUACAGCCUUAAAUCUGCUUGUAUUGCCUCCGUGGACAGACGUGAUCAUUGUGCCUCAGACUGGGUUGCAUGUGGUCGUGGGGGAGUUGCUAUUCUACAAAUGCAUGCGCGACUCCAGUUAGCAUCCGCUGGAAUGCAAUACUCCGUGUGUAUUCACAAAGGGGGACUCGAGACCCACUGUUUUUAAUGUUAGUAAUCGUGCAUACUGCUGAAUUUAACUCAAUAUAUUCCAGGUAAAAGUGGUGCUUGUUGUAGUCUUUAGAAUGACUUUCAGGUGUUUUCAACUAAAAAAAUGUAUACCCAGAACAUAUGUAUAAGGAAGGGAGGCUUAGGAUAAUUCUGCAAAGCAGUUUUCGUAAUCUCAGCAGUAUGCCCACAGGUGAUUCCCCGGCCACCACUAUUACUACUACUUGUACCCUGGAAGCUCUUGGUGAAUGUUUACAGUCAUGGAUGUAUUUCUACUCAAACGCUCAUAGGGAAUAAGUGUGCGGCAGCAGGAGAGGAGGCUCGCUCUGUCAGGAAGUGCAGUGCGCUAUAGGCCCGUGGUGACAGAAUGUGGCCCACCAUCGUCCUGAGCAGUGUCUGCCACACUGGGGGGAGGGGAUGUAGGACGAAUGUAGACCGUACACUCUGCUGUAGUUCAUCUCAACAUCUAGAGGUUCUACUUUUAUAAAGAUGGUGUCUGGAAGAUGUUGCAAAUGUAUUUUCCUUUGACAUGGGGAGCAAACUUUUUA